GCCAGCAGCAGACAGAGGAGAAGCAGCAAAGAUGGCGGACGUGGUGAAUGUCGGGGUGAAUCUGGACGCCUUCUCUCACGCCAUCAGCGGCAUCCAGGCGCUCCGCUCCAGCGUGAGCCGAGUAUUCGAGUCCCUGAAGGACGGCAUGAAGAACCGGGAGACCCUGGAGGGCCGGGAGAAGCAGUUUAUAGCCGAGUUCCAGGACAACCUGCAGGCGGUGAACAGAGACCUCAAUGAGUUGGAGCGUCUCAGCGGUCUGGUGGGACGUCCCUCAGAGUCUCAUCCCCUCCAUAACAGCGGUCUGCUCAGUCUGGAUCCGGUCCAGGAUAAAACCCCUCUAUACUCUCAGCUGCUGCAGGCCUACAAGUGGUCUAACAAGUUGCAGUACCAUGCCGGUUUGGCUUCCAGUUUGUUGAAUCAACAGUCACUCAAACGAUCGGCCAAUCAGAUGGGAGCUUCAGCCAAGAGACGACCCAAAGUCCAACCCAGUACUCUGGUACUUCCUCCUCAGUAUGUGGAUGAUGUUAUCUCUCGGAUCGGCCGGAUGUUUCCUGAUAUGACCAUCGAGCUGUUCAGACCCAACGGGACGUCGGCUGUGCUGCUGGUGACCCUGGGGAAGGUGUUGAAGGCAAUCGUUGUGAUGCGUUCGUUGUUCAUUGACAGGACGGUUGUUCGAGGAUACAACGAGAAUAUUUACAACGAGGACGGAAAGCUGGACAUCUGGACCAAGUCUCAGUACCAGGUGUUCCAGAAGGUAACAGACCACGCCACCACCGCCCUGCUGCACUACCAGCUGCCCCAGAUGCCCGACGUCGUGGUUCGAUCAUUCAUGACGUGGUUGCGGAGCUACAUCAAACUCUUCCAGUCUCCGUGUCAGCGCUGUGGUCGUUUCCUGCAGGACGGACUUCCUCCAACAUGGCGAGACUUUAGGACACUCGAGGCGUUUCACGACACGUGUCGCAUGUAAACAAAUACUUCCUGUUUACCUGUUGAUGGACUGUGUAUGUACAAAGAUGUUUGAAUAAAGUUUAAUUUGUAUGAUUUUA